CCUUCUAUUUCUCGUUCUGUCAGUCUCUCAAUACCCUUUUGGCUUUAGCUUUUGGAUUAGGCUUAGGGUUAGGUUUUGGGUUUGUGAAUUGUUUUGUUUAAUUUAAAGAAAUUAAACAUGGAAGGAGGAGAUUCAUCAUCAAAAUCAGGAGGUGGAGGUGAUUUUUUCCAAGAUUGGGAGCUUUUACAGAGUUCUGAUUCUGAUGUUGUUGUUAACCCAGAAAAUUCAGUUGAAAAUUCGAGGAAUUUUGAUGAAAUUGAAGGGGAUUAUUCCGGUGGAAUGAUAAGAUCGGAUUAUUUUUCGCUUGAAAAUGAAAAUCGGUAUGCAAAAACUAGUCUUGUUGAUGUGAGCGAAGAGGGUUCUGUUGAGUCGGAUAAUCCGAGUUGGAUUGAUCCCGGGUUGGAGACUCGGUUUGAGAGGAAGAAUUCGGGGGAGUUUUGGUCGGAUACGGGGAGUGAACGAUCUGAUGAACGUAAAUUUGGUGAUUUGGAGGCGAAAAACGAGAUGGGUUUGGUUGAAACUGGGAAAAUUCAAGUGGGUUUGGGUGAUUUUGAGGUGAAAAAUGAAUUGGGGUUGGAUGUGAAGUUGAAAAGGGAGGUGGGUUUUGAAGGGUUUGGAGAGAGUCAAUUGCAAGAUAAGAAUUUGGGGAAGUUUUGGUCUGAUUCGGGCGGUGAUGGAUUGGUUUUGAGGAGCUUUGAGGGUGUUGAGAAGGAGGAGGAGAUGGGUUUUGGUGAUCAUGUGGAGGAAGGGGUUGAGUCUGAGGUUUGUGGCGAAUCACAUGGCGUGAAUUCGCGUGUUGCGAUUGAAGAAGUGAAGGGUGAAGUGAAGGCGGUCGGUGUAGAAGAGAAGGGGAGGAUAGCUUGGUGGAAAGUUCCUUUUGAGGUGUUAAAGUAUUGUGUUUUGAAGGUUAAUCCAGUUUGGUCAGUCUCCGUGGCGGCAGCUAUGCUCGGAUUGGUUAUGUUGGGACGAAGGUUGUAUAAGAUGAAGAGGAAGACCAAGGGCUUGCAGCUCAAGGUUACCCUUGAUGAUAAGAAGGUGUCUCAGUUUAUGAGCCGUGCUGCUCGUCUCAAUGAAGCAUUCUCAGUGGUGAGGCGGGUCCCCAUUGUACGGCCUGCACUGCCAGCAGCUGGAGUGAACCCAUGGCCCGCGAUGAUGAGUUUGCGAUAAUAGUCUGUAUGUUGGUGAAGUAGAUAUGUGAAUGAAGCAGUGUGUGCAGAAGGUAAGUCUUAUGAUUAUAUGUUUGUCGUGGUUUGCUACUUAAAGGAUUCAAAGUGUUUGAGCUCGUGUAAGAACUCUGAUGAAGUUGAAAUGUGUAUAAAUUCCAGACUUAGCUAUUUUUCUCUGCUCCCCGCCCUAUCCAAAAGUAUAUAAAAAAUGUGCCUUCCUAUAUGAUGUUUAUUAGUUAUA